GUAAGAUCAGUGACAGAACGAGAACAAGACCGAUCGAGGAAAGAGAUCCCUCGAAAUACCAUCUGCAAUCCUCCCUGCCUCUCCUUCCCAAAACCUUUCAGCAGGGAACACAAGAAGACAAGUAAUCACGACCAUGAGCGAAGGAACAGCUGAAGAACCAAAGCCCAAAACUCCUGGGACUCAACCAAAUGUGACCCCUCCUAUUACAGGUGAAGCGGAGAGGAAAGUGUUGGCAACUAAAGUUCAGGGGACUGUGAAAUGGUUCAAUGUAAGAAAUGGCUAUGGAUUCAUAAAUCGAAAUGACACCAAAGAAGAUGUCUUUGUCCACCAGACAGCAAUCAAGAAAAAUAAUCCUCGCAAAUACCUGCGAAGUGUAGGGGAUGGAGAGGUGGUGGAGUUUGAUGUUGUUGCUGGGGAAAAGGGUGCUGAAGCAGCUAAUGUAACUGGCCCAAAAGGAGCUCCAGUCCAAGGUAGUCGUUAUGCUGCUGAUCGCCGUAGAUAUCGCCGUGGGUACUAUGGGCGCAGGAGAGGACCUUCAAGGGAGGGAGGUGAUGGAGAGAUCAAAGAUGGUGCCCCUGAAGCAACCCAAGCCCAGCAACCAAUUCGCCAGCCUACCAACUACAGACCAAGGUACCGUAGACCUAUGCCUCAAACCAGACCACUUCCAUCUACUGGAGAAAAUGAAAACAAAGAAAACCAGUAUGAUAUAGGAGAUCGAGAUCAACAAAAUCGACGUGGUUUCCGAAGACCGUACAACUUCCGGCGUCGCCCUAACCAAGGAACUGCUCCGAUACAAGGGACUAAGGAGGUCACACCAACUGAGACCACAGCCGAGAAGCCCGUGCCAGUGGCUGAGAAGAGCAUUGCUGUGUAAUCUGAGUGACCCAAUCUUUCAUCAUGCAGAAUUCGAGCAGAAGAAAGAAGAACCCGACAAGUGGCCACGAACUAUUACUAAUGCUAGAAGUUGCCUAUUAAUUAGGAGGGUGAUGAACUGUGUCUUUGCUACUCCACUUGCCUGCUGUUAAUUUCUGCACAGUGAACAAUUGGUGAUCUACAACCUAUGCUUGCCAGUAAAAAUAAGUUUAUCAUUGAGAACAAAAACCUUUAAAAAUGUCUUGAGACGUGCAGAGCAGAUAUAAAGCCUAUCUGUCAAAUAUCUAUUGAUAAUAUUUUAAAGAAUAGUGGGACUAAUGUACCCUGAACCAAAUACUACAAAUGCCAUGCGAAAGUAGCAGUUAAUAAGAGAGGCAGUUCUAGCUACUGCAGCAGAUAUGAAUGCACUCAGAAGCAAAUA